UCGUACCGAGUGAUCAAAUGGGCCUGGCCAGAGGCGACGGAACAGAUUACAUCCCUCGUCCGGCUAUGCGUACGCCUUGGCCACCACCCAAGGGGUUGGCGACGCGCAGUGGCAGUCGCACUGCGGAAGCCGAGGAAGCCCGAUUACUCCAAGCCGAGGGCAUAUCGCCUUAUCACGCUCCUCGAGUGUAUGGGA